AUGGCCAAUGACACACGAGAUGUCGUGCAUGGCAAAUUUUUCCAAAAGCUCGAAUGGCCCAGACAGGGAUUGGACGGGUCGUGGUUGGCCGAUCAAUUCGUAGUGGAGGACGAUCAGGAGGAAAUCAACGAAGGUUCUUCUAAGACGGGUCCCAAUUAUUUAAGAGCCAAGACAAUUCGAGCAAAGUUGCACGCAAACUGCCUAAAUCCUUCAGCAAACGGUCCCUCCGUUCCCAGCUCGGCGCGGUAUCUUCGCACACCGUACUCUGUACGGAGUAGCUCUUGUUGA